AUGACGAGAAGAGGGCUAACGGAUCCAAUGAUACGUAUUAGUGGGGUAGUAGCGAGAGCAUGCCGUCGUAGUGCGGCGUAUCAGGUUUGCAAGUACAGUGUGCGGGCGGUUCCCAGGCCGGAGCCCUCGCCGAGUUUCAAUGUUGAUCCCGAUACAGCGGCUGCUAAUACCGGGAGUGGUGUGAAGUUGAGUUCUAAGCUGAAGAAUGUGGCGACGCAGAAGAUGGACAACUCGUUUGUGGGUCUGACCGGUGGGCAGAUUUUCAACGAGAUGAUGGCGCGCAACAAUGUGGACACUGUGUUUGGGUACCCUGGUGGUGCGAUCUUGCCGGUGUACGAUGCGAUCCACAACUCCGACAAGUUCAAGUUUGUGUUGCCUAAGCACGAGCAAGGUGCGGGCCACAUGGCCGAGGGUUACGCAAGGGCCUCCGGUAAGCCAGGUGUCGUGUUGGUUACUUCGGGUCCUGGUGCCACGAACGUUGUGACUCCCAUGGCCGAUGCGCUGGCUGACGGUAUUCCUAUGGUUGUGUUUACGGGCCAAGUGCCCACCACUGCCAUUGGUACCGAUGCGUUCCAAGAAGCCGACAUUGUUGGUAUCUCCAGAUCCUGUACAAAAUGGAACGUGAUGGUGAAGAACGUAGCGGAGCUGCCACUGAGAAUCAACGAGGCCUUCCAGAUUGCCACGAGCGGCAGACCCGGCCCAGUGUUGGUGGACUUGCCAAAGGACGUCACAGCCGCCAUCCUGAGAACACCAAUCCCAGUUAAGAGCACCCUGCCAUCAACCGCAUUGCAACAGUUGACUGCAGGUGUCCAGGACCAAUUCGUUAUUGAAAACAUCAAGAAAUCUGCCGACUUGAUAAAUAUCGCCAAGAAUCCAGUCCUUUACGUCGGUGGUGGUAUCCUGAACAAUGUCGAUGGGCCAAGAUUGGUCAAAGAGCUAAGUGAGCGUGCGCAGAUCCCAGUUACCACUACUUUACAAGGUUUGGGUGCAUUCGACCAAGAAGAUCCAAAGUCUCUAGACAUGCUGGGUAUGCAUGGUUGUGCCACUGCAAACCUUGCCGUCCAGAACUCCGACUUGAUCAUCGCCGUCGGUGCCAGAUUCGACGACCGUGUCACCGGUAACAUCACUAAGUUUGCACCAGAAGCAAGAAAGGCCGCAUUGGAAGGUAGAGGUGGUAUCAUUCACUUUGAAAUCACUCCAAAGAACAUAAAUAAAGUCGUAGAAGCACAAGUGGCAGUAGAAGGUGACGCUGCUUCCAACUUAUCCAAGUUGAUCCCAUUGGUAUUCCCAGUGAAGGAAAGACCAGAAUGGUUCGAAAAGAUUAAUAAGUGGAAGAAGGAAUUCCCAUACAGUUACUCCCUAGAGACUCCAGGUUCUAGAAUCAAACCACAAACUGCCAUUGCCAAGUUGUCAAAGAUUGCCAAUGCUACCAGCAAGGAAGUUAUUGUUACAACCGGUGUCGGCCAACAUCAAAUGUGGGCUGCUCAACACUGGACAUGGAAGAACCCACGUACUUUCAUCACUUCUGGUGGUCUAGGUACCAUGGGUUACGGUUUGCCAUCUGCUAUCGGUGCCCAAGUCGCUAAGCCAGACGCCUUAGUCAUUGACAUUGACGGUGAUGCUUCUUUCAACAUGUCCUUACAGGAACUAAGUUCUGCUGUGCAAGCUAAUGCUCCUGUAAAAAUUCUAGUGCUAAACAACGAAGAGCAAGGUAUGGUCACCCAAUGGCAAUCUCUAUUCUACGAGCAUCGUUACUCACACACACAUCAAUUGAACCCAGAUUUCGUAAAACUUGCGGAGGCAAUGGGUAUGAAGGGUAUGAGAGUGAAAGACCAAGCCGAGCUUGAAAAGACUCUAAAAGAGUUUGUUGACUACCAGGGUCCAGUCUUGCUUGAAGUCGAAGUAGAGAAGAAGGUGCCAGUCUUGCCAAUGGUCCCAGCCGGUAAGGGUUUACACGAAUUUAUUAACUACGACCCAGAAAUGGAAAGGGAACAGAACGAACUACGUCACAAGCGUACCGGUGGUAAGCAUUAA